CCUGUGGAAAUUGCUCGAAUUGUUUCAAGCGUUCUGUCAACGGAGGCCGAGCGUCGUCAACUACUUGUACCCAAGUGUCCUUGUUGCGCUCGCAGGAUCAACUCACUCGCAGCUAAGCGCACCAUGGAGCGACCGUGAGGCAUCUCGUGUGGCACGCACCACGUCGCGGCGCGGCGCGAUGUGUGCACUGUCCUCCGCAAUUCCAGUGCCUUCGCCACCGCACACGGCCAUGAAGUAGUCAUGAAGUAGUCUCGUUCGACCACGUCCGUGCGGGAGAGGCUGCGCUCGUGUCACUUGCAAUAAGCAUGACAGCCAACGUGCCGAUGCAAGACUUUGACCCCGUGCAGUGCAAUACCCACGUGGGUCGCACCUCGGGCAGCCGUGUGAUCGCAAUCUACAUUCCAUUCGGCUGUGGCUGUCCGUACAAUUUCGAGCACAGUGCACCAUGGCCAAAAGUGCUCCAUGGCCAACAGUACUCGUCAAGGUUUGUUGUGGACAAUCGGGUUGGACGACUGUUUGGCUGCAAGGAGCUUAAAAUACGCGUGAGCACUGCGACUACCCGCCAGUCGCCAAUACCUCACUCGUUUUCAGUCCGACUGGCGGUGAAUCAAUGGCAUUACCUGGCGUGAACAUUGGUGCCGCUCCCCAUUCACGUCUUGUUCCACCCCGUAGCUUUGUUCAUGACGUGCCGCGUUUGAGCCAACCUCGUGUGCAUGUCCUUAAAGGGUUACGUCUCCGAGGUGCUUUGGACCGAUCACGCCUGCCCCAAGGAGUCGACGUUUCCUGCGACCACCACAGACUUUAGCCCCGUCGUCUGGUGAGGCUACGUGGACCACCUUCAGCGGCUCUACAACACGUUCCCAUGCACCGGCCAAUCUACUGAGACUGUUGCUAGCCCUUCGUUUCAAUUCCUUGAUGUAGGCUUGUCCACUCGGGUACGACCUGCGUGCUCGAUGGUACAUCUGGAUCUGCCACGGCGGCAGUCUGAACUACGAAGGCGGGUAAGCUAAACACGGCCCAUUCGUCUUGACAACUGGAGGGACUUGUUGACCUGGUGUAACAACGUGGAAGAAGUACAACCUUGACCUCGAUACGCUCCACCUUUUUGUCGUACCACACCCACUAUAACGCCGGGGCGACUGCUCUGUGUGCGGGUUUGGUGCUGCCGACGACGUCGUGGACAUGCUUCCGCGGUCACUUGGAAUUGAUUCAUGUCGUCUGGCGCGACCCACGACGUGGCUGUUUGUUGGCCGCGCGCCCUGCCACCGUCGAGAAGCCCCCGCUCGUGACCCUUCAUCGGGGGGACUCGAAGCAGCGUCUGGGUUGCUUCACUGGUCCAAAUUUCGCCAUCGACUCUCGAAGACCCGAGGUAUCGUUGGAGGACCACUCAUGGCUGUCUUGGCACUGCUCUCCACUGAUUUUGAUCGUGGUGGCGAGCGUCGGAGCAUUGGAUUUCGUCCCACGGAUGACGAGCUUGACAGUCACACAUGACUGACUGGACAUGCUGGCCAGUCCGAGUUGGGUCGGGAACGGCUAGCUCCCGCAUGUCCGCACGACGACGGGCUUUCGCAGAUCGUGGUCGGUUGUGGACAAUCUGUCUCUGUUGACCGAGCGCAACGAUCGUCAAGAAUUACCUAGCCACGCCAGCUUUUUGUCGCUGCGACGGGUGUGCAUUGCGCGAAGAAGCAAAAGACUGGUGACCUAGCAACUGUGCGCACCUGCGACCAUCGCCGCCGCCGAAGAAGUUAGGAGUGAGAGCAUGGCAUGCCGAAAGUGAAACCAACUCGAUUUCAGCACGGCGCUAAGCCAUCAUUGACGGUGCAGCCUGUCGCUUGUGCAUGCUGCAGUCACAACGAUCAUGCCUCCCCACGACUGAAGACUUUCUCAUGGAAGUGAAAAUACACAUGGGCAUACGGUCGGAUGCAAUCGAGUCAAGCAAGGUCGACGUCAAGAAUUCAAUUCAAGUUCCAUGACUCCGAUGGAUGUGGUCAUGCGCGCGUCGGGGGCAUGGACUCUAAUCCUUGCGCGUCUUGAGAACUUUGGUUGUCACGCCUUGGGGAGUCCUAUACGUGGGCAUGCCCACGAGUCAGCACCAAUCUCGAAGUCCUUCCACCUUACAAAAUGUAGACGACACCACCCCAGCCUGCCAACGCAUCUCGGUUGCACGCCGACAGCAAGCACUGUGAAAUCGUCUCAAACAAGUCCUCUGGCUCCUAAAUGCAUGUGUGAGAAAUUGUGGA